AGACUUUCUGGACGGUUUGGCUCAUAGACGGACUGGUCACGAUUCUAAUAUCCGUUGCGCCCACCAAGUUGUAAGGAGCUGUAUUGAUCUAGUCAUGGACGGCCCUGCUCUUGAAUCACUGCACCUAUCACGAUGUUGGCCGCUAAUCCGCAGCCUCUCGACGUGUCUGCCAACCGUUGGGUCCCCAUGAGUAGGAUUCCCCUCAAAUGGCGAUCUCACCCUGACUCACCUGAGAUGAUGGACCGUAAAGUCAAGGCGCUGCUUGACAAGCUUACGAUGGAGAGAUUCGACUCCCUUUCAGAUCAGAUCAUCCACUGGGCGAACAAGAGCGUGAACGAGAAAGACGGACAAACGCUCUUCCAAGUCAUCUGGCUUGUGUUUGAGCAGGCGAUUGAUGAAGCUGCUUGGAACGAGAAGUAUGCGCGAUUGUGUCGGAAGAUGAUGGAGCAGAUCAGUUCGGAGGUGCAGGAUGAUGGGAUCAAGAACACGGAGGGGAAACCCAUUGCUGGUAGCUAUCUCUUCCGGAAGUAUCUUCUUAACCAGUGUCAAGAGGACUUUGAGCGCGGGUGGCUCACCAAGGAAGCUACUGCUGCUGCAGCAAAGGCUUCUGAUGACCAACCGAGGAAGGCUGCGACCAAGAAGAAGGACAAGGAGGAAGCUGAGCUCUAUUCAGACGAGUACUACGCUGCUCAGAAAACCCCAAGCGCUAGGUUCUCGAUGCUCACGGAGCGUGCUAUGCACGACUGUGUGAAGAAGCUCUUGGGCAACGUCGAGAACUUCGAGGAGGAGGAGAUUGAGAGCUUGUGUCAGUUGUUGAAGACGGCUGGGCAGUUGUUGGAUACUCCGAAGGCGCGUGCGCAUAUGGAUGUUUAUUUCACGCGCAUGAAGAUGUUGGGGGAGAACCUUAAUGUUGGCGCGAGGAUGCAGUUCAUGCUUCAGGACGUCAUUGAGCUGCGUGACCUUCGGCAAAUCAGCAAGGGCACUCUGGGAGUCAUGGUCAUGGGUCCAAGUAGCGUCUUCGCAGGCGGCAAGAAGGACACCAAGCUGGAGACGCCAUCACGAACGAAUUCGAGGUCGAAUAUGUUCCACAUGCUCAGCCAGAACCCUGAAUUCACGCCUGAGGCUGCUGCCAAGCUCAGUCGUCCGUCGAGUCGGAAGCCGAGCGUUGAUCUUGGUCAUACUGGUGCUCCUGAGCCCACUUUACAACGCAGAAAACUGUAGCUUCUUCCACGAUCCAAGCCUGCUGAAGAGAACACGACGACUCCGUCGGAGGAUGAGCCUGACAGUGCACCCACUGCCAUGUCAGAAGCAGACGCCAAG